UAGCAGAUCGGGAGAAGGGGGUUUGGUGAGAGGCUGCUGGCUGGAAAACCUGUGACCAUGCUGCCUUGGAAGAAAAGCAAGUUUGUGCUAGUUAAAAAAGAGAAGAAGAGGAAGCCUGUGAGUUACCCAUCUCUGCUCUCCUCCUUCAUCAACUCAUGUCCUGAUCUCCUACCUCAGGUCCCUCUGGAGCGCUUGGGGAGGGUCUUCAGUACCAGGAGGCAAAAAGUAGAGUUAAACAAACAAGAUCCUUGUCAUACUGUGUGGUACCUGGGCAAUGCAGUGACUUUCCAGGCUAAAGGAGAGGGGUGCACUGUGGACUCAGUGAAGAAGAUUUGGGAGAAGAGUGAGUACGGAUGUUGCAGCACUAAAAUGAAGCUGUCAUUGGGAAGUUAUGGGAUCAGAAUGACACCAUGCACCAGGAGCUCAAGGAAGCCAGUCCAUGCCUAUCUCCUGCACCGCAUCACCUACUGUGUGGCUGACUCUAACAACCCCAAGGUCUUCUCCUGGGUUUACAGGCACCAGGUCAAGAACAAGGCAGUGGUCCUCAGAUGCCAUGCUGUGCUGGUAUCCAAAUCUGAGAAGGCUAAAGACAUGGCUUUGCUCCUCUGUCAGACUUCUCUGGCUGCUUUCAAUGAGUUUAAAAGGCUGAAAAGGCAGAAUGACAUCAGGAGAGGACAGCAAGAGCUCUUGGGGCAGGAUGUGGUCCCCUUGGUUCCUCUGAGAAAGCUUCUCAAUGGGAAGUGUUCCUACCAACCCCAAGGAGAACGAAGUAGAAGUAUCCCCAGACUUUGUUCCAUCUUAGAGGAAGAGGAAGAUGGAGAUAGCGCUGAACAAUCAUUAUCUCAUCAAAUGGUAACACAUUCUUUACAGGGAAAUAAAGACACUAUUUUGGAACUGGCACAGGAACUUAGAAGGCUAAGUAUCCAAAGAGCUUUAUCCAACACUCUCAGCUGUUCACACAACCGUCCCACACAGCCUUUCGACUGGAAGUAUCCAAUGAGGACUAUAUGCUAAGUGGUUUGUACCCAACCCCAAGCACUGGAAUAGCUACAAAUGUUUCUGCUCCAGGGAAUAGGUUGCAGUCAACUAUUUAUAUAGAAGAGAUCUUUACCAACCAGCAGACUUGUAAGAUUGGAUCUCAAGGACAGUAAAGACAAAGCUAUACUCUUAUAGUUUAUUAUGUGUGAAACCAAUACUGAUAUAUUUUAAUUUAUAGAGAACUACACAAUUUGUAAAAGCAGUAUCCUAAUGGCAGGUGUAUUCCUUUGCUAAGUAAUGAAAAUAAACAGGUAUGAUACUUGCAGGAUUUGCUAAUAAUUGUUGUGUGCAAAACCUUUUUUUCUAAUAUAGCAGAUGACUUCAAGCAAAUAUUUUACAGACACUGCAUGUUAUUUACAAUUAUAAGUGUUUUUCAACAGUUGGCACCUUGAUAACAACUUUUUUUUAUAUAUUAUACAGCCAUUAAUAGUCAGGUAUC